AACAAAGUACUCAGCUUCUUAGAUAGAGCGGACUGCAAAGCAGUUAGACUGUUUUCUAUGGAUUUUAGCAAGACUUUCAACUCAGUGAAACAUUCACUCCUCUCGGAAAAGUUAAAAACUGUGCCACUCAACCCUUAUAUCAUAAAUUGGUAUUUAAAUUUUCUAAAGAAUCGAAAGCAAAGAGUCGUUUGUAACGAUUUUUGUGGAGAAUGGAUGGAUGUUAAUAAGGGUACAACACAGGGGAGCGUAAGUGGCCCCUACCUUUUUAAUAUUUUCCUAAAUGAUUUAGAGGUGGACAUAGACGGCGAGAACGCUCUUUUUAAAUAUGCGGACGAUUCAAAUAUAAUAGUGCCAGUUUGGAGGGAGGGUCCUGAUACAUCAACAGAUACAGUUGGACAAUUCCUGAGCUGGUCUGAUGAUAAUUUUAUGACUUGUAACCCUGGUAAAUGUAAAGAGCUUAUCAUCCGGAAGAAGGGAUAUAAUGAUCAACUUGACAAUGUUUAUAAUAUACCCCAAUGCAAAGAACUUCCCAUUUUAGGUACUACUUUUCAAGACAAUCUCAAGUUCACCAGUCAUGUUCGAGGUAAAUUGGUCAAAGCAAACAAAUGCUUGUACGUUAUACGAACACUCAGGGCAGAAGGCUAGCCAAUGUGAGAUAGAUUAUCUAUUUAAGACCCUAGUAAUAUCAACUAUAACGUUUGGCCUGUCCGUCUACGGUUCUUCUCCAGCCGAACUCAAUACUCUACAACGGUUUUUUGACAGAUGUUUUAAGCGAAAGUAUAUGUCAGAACCUGUAAAUAUUAGAUAUCUUUUAGAAAUACAAGACAGAAAUAUUUUUAAAGCUUCUGUAAAUCAGAAGAGUGCCAUAGUCGGCUUGAUACCAAGAAAAAAAAUCCACAAGCUACUCUUUGAGGACAGAGUUUAG